AUGUCGAAGUCAUCUAAAACGCCCCAGACCCAGAUACCUGCAGUGACAAAGGAUAUUUCAGCCAUGGACACGAAAAUCGCUGAUAGUAAAGACGAAUUGAAUCCGGAGCCAGCGGCAGAAGACGCUGAACCAGCGCGUGGCAACUGGACUGGACGAUUUGACUUCUUACUAUCACUGCUGGGAUACAGUGUGGGCUUGGGCAAUGUCUGGCGAUUCCCUUAUCUAUGCUACAAUAACGGAGGAGGAGCGUUUCUUAUACCGUUCACUGUGAUGCUUAUCAUCGCUGGUUUGCCUCUUAUGUUUAUGGAGCUAUCAUUCGGACAGUAUGCUGCUUUGGGCCCUGUGGCCGUGUACAACAAAUUCUGUCCAUUAUUCCAAGGACUUGGGUACGGCAUGGUGAUAGUUUCUAGUAUCGUCAUGCUGUACUACAAUCUGAUCAUUGCUUGGACGAUUUACUACAUGGCUGUGUCGUUUAUGAGCAUUUUCUACCAACUACCCUGGCAGAAUUGCGAUGCUGAAUGGAGCACUGAACAUUGCUACUCUUACGAGGAAGCCGACUUAUGUGAAGCGGUAAACGGGACGUACUAUUUGAGACAAUGCUUCAAUCAGACAUACGCUCAGUUACACAAUAUCAAUGCUUUGGCUGACGUGGCACUUCGUCGACCACCGGCAGAGGAGUAUUUUACAAACCAAGUGUUAGGCCUCUCAUCUGGCAUUGAAGAAACUGGCCAAAUCCGCUGGGGUAUGGCUGUGUGCUUACUGGCAGCAUGGCUCAUAGUGUUUCUGUGCUUGUGUAAGGGCGUUCAGUCUUCGGGGAAGGUUGUGUAUUUCACGGCACUUUUCCCGUACGUCGUGCUGGUUAUUUUGUUCUUCCGUGGAGUAACGUUACCUGGCGCAUCGACCGGAAUCCUUUUCUAUUUGACACCUGACUUCAGCCAACUUCUAAACGCUCAGGUUUGGGGUGACGCCGCUGUACAAAUAUUUUUCGCGCUGAGUCCCGCUUGGGGUGGUCUUAUUACACUUUCAUCUUACAACAAGUUUUCCAACAAUUGCUACAUAGAUUCCUUGAUCGUUGCCGUGUCAAAUAUUUUAACAUCUUUCUUCGCUGGUCUGGUCAUAUUCUCUGUAAUCGGAUUUCUGGCUCAUGAGUUGAAUGUGGAGGUUGACCGAGUAGUUGACCAGGGCGCUGGACUUGCUUUCAUCGUGUAUCCCGAAGUAGUCACUCGGCUGCCCGUAUCACCACUUUGGUCUAUACUAUUCUUUGUCAUGCUACUUACUCUGGGCCUCGAUUCACAGUUUGCACUCAUGGAAACAGUUACAACGGCAAUAUUGGACAGGUUUCCUAAUUUCCGCCAGAAGAAAGUGUGGGUCGUGUUGACAGUUGCUGUUUUUGGAUAUCUCGGUGGACUUAUUUUCACAACCAAUAGUGGUAUGUACUGGUUACAAUUAAUGGACAAGUACGCUGCAAAUUGGUCUGUUUUGAUCAUAGCAAUUGGCGAGUGCAUUCUUAUAGCUUGGAUAUACGGGGCAGAAAAGUUCUGUGGUGACAUUCAGCGGAUGAUCGGACGCCAGACCAAGUUGUGGGUGUUCUUUUGGAGCGCUAUGUGGCGUAUUAUUACACCAGCCGCUUUAGUGUUCAUCCUGGUGUUCAACUGGAUUGAGUACAAACCAGCUUCAUACGGCUACUAUGUGUACCCGAUGUGGGCCGAUGCUGUCGGUUGGAUCCUGGGUGUACUACCUGUCAUUGUUGUUGUGUUAAUGGCCAUCGAUCAGAUCUGUAGCGGACCCGACGAUCUUACCAUUAUGGAGAAAGCAAGAGCGCUGUCUCGUCCCACGGAGGAGUGGGGUCCAUCGGCGACUGCUGUGAUGCGACAUGAGACGGAGCUGUCGCCCCCAGUUCUACUGCUUCACGGCCGUCCCGUGCUUCGUGAACGCGGUGCUUGA